CUCUCUCCCAAUUUCUCUCCAAAUUUGUUGAAUAUAAGCAGUCCCCCUCUUUGGGCCUGAAAUUUGAUCCGAAAUAGCCUCAAGUCUCAACCCAACAAGGGCGAGUUGCAACCUGCCCUACCACAGCUCACUCCCCAUCUCAUUUCCGGUCAAAUCCAACAAUCGGCCCCGUCAAUCUCCACCUCCAAUCAUGUUCCGACACGGUUCAAGACUCCUAACAAGAGCCACCACGAUGACGUGGCGCCGCCCAUUUUCAACUGAGCUAUCAGCUGAGCACAGCGUUGAUUCCACAUUUGUAGAGGCUUGGAAGAAAUUAAUACCUAACACCGAACCACCUAAGACUCCAUCUGCGUACAUGAACCCUAGGCCUGCAACUCCUUCAUCUAUCCCUUCUAAGCUUAGUGUCAACUUUGUCCUUCCUUAUUCCUCUGAACUCUCCGGUAAAGAGGUUGACAUGGUUAUCAUCCCUGCAACUACAGGACAAAUGGGUGUUUUGCCUGGGCAUGUUGCGACAAUUGCAGAGCUGAAGCCCGGUGUCCUAUCAGUUCACGAAGGCAAUGAUGUGACCAAGUACUUUGUGAGUGGUGGAUUUGCAUUUGUUCAUGCAAAUUCUUUUGCAGAUAUAAUUGCUAUUGAAGCUGUACCACUUGACCGGAUUGAUCCCAAUUUGGUACAAAAGGGCCUCACAGAGUUUACACAGAAGCUAAGCACUGCGUCGACUGAUGUAGAGAAAGCUGAGGCCCAGAUUGGAGUUGAUGUACACAGUGCCCUUAAUGCUGCUCUGACCGGUUAAAUACAGUCUCUGUUCCUGUUCAAUUUUCUUUUCCUUCCGUCUGUUGGAUGCCGCAGACCCUUUAGGACAGACUGAUUUUCAACAGAUUUACCCGUGCAUGUAUGGUGUGACCUGUUUUUAGUCCUGCAUCACUUGAAUAAAUGCAGGGGACAAAUUUCCCUAACGUAUAUGUGGUUAGAUGCCAUAUCAUCUGUACCUCUGAACUACAGUGAUGAGAAUUAUAUUGUUUCAAAGAAAUUUUUAAGUGGUAGCUGAAUUUUCAUGCUACCAAAUGUUCA